UUCUGAGCACUCCUGCAUCAGAGAUCAGAGCAAGCACUAGAAAGACUUUUUUUUUAAAAAUCAACAACAACAACCUGAAAAUGAACGGGCAGCCUUCACCUGUCUUUGAGGAAAAGAAACCUUCCCUCCCCGUGGCUGGGAGCUCCAUCUCGGCUACCAAGGAUUCCCCGACCCUGCCGGAGUCCUCCUCCACAGACAUGGGCUUCUACAGCAGCCAGAGUGCGCUCCACGGCUCGCAGGAUUUCUACUCGGCGCAGCAGUCGUACUCUGCUCAACACAUGAACCCGUACGCGUACCACCACUACAACCUGAACGGGAUGGGUGCCGGCGGCGCGUAUUCCGUUGGUAAGGCCGAGUACCCGUACCCGCAUGCGGCGUACAGAGAGCACGGUGCGUUCAGCAGAGAGGUGCAGUCAACGCUCCAGGACAGUGUGAAAGAAGAACCAGACGUGGAAGUCCGGAUGGUCAACGGGAAGCCCAAGAAGGUGCGCAAGCCCCGGACCAUCUAUUCCAGCUACCAGCUGGCUGUCCUGCAGAGGAGAUUCCAGUCAGCCCAGUACCUGGCCCUGCCGGAGCGGGCCGAGCUGGCUGCCCAGCUGGGCCUCACGCAGACGCAGGUCAAAAUCUGGUUCCAGAACCGUCGCUCCAAGUUCAAGAAGCUCUACAAGAACGGAGAGUUUCCACUCGGGGAGAUUCCUCUGGAGCACAGUCCAGACGCCAGCGAUUCCAUGGCCUGCAACUCUCCCCCGUCGCCAACUGCGUGGGAAAACAACAGCAACGGCAACAACAACAACAACGACAACAACAGCAGCAGCAGCAACAGCAACAACACAAACGGCAGCGGCAACAUCAAGAGCAAUGCCAUGCUGGAUCCUGCCAGCAGGGGGCAGGCUCCCUAUCCGCCGCCGGCGCCGGUGGUGGAGUCCUCGACCUCCUUCAUGGGGGAGUACACGCACCAGAACUGGUACCAGCAGCAGGGCGUGCAUUUAGGCCUGCCGCAGUCGGGCCAAACGCACCACGCAACAGCGAACGCGCCGUCGGCCACACAGAGCAUGGGAGCCGUCUACUGACGCACAAACUCUGAACAGCGCUUCCACCGGAGCCUCAAACACCAGGUGAUGAUUCGGAGCUCUGCUGUGACCAGAAACACCUGACAGCGAUCAUCAGACACGAGUCAUGACUGUAAAAAACCUGACACACAUGUUGUAAAACAGGCUACAAAUGUGGAUUGAAAACAAAUGUCGUCCUCAGUUACCCUCGCUGCUCCCGGGUUGAACUCGUAACCAGGCGGAGAUUUGGGUGAUUGAAGUGGAUUUUUUUUUUUUUUCCCAGAGACUGAUAU